UGUGUCUUGAUUACAUUAUCGAUCAAUAAAUCUCAGGUGUGCUAGAGAGACACAGAGACAGAGCUGUUCGAUCUUGAUACCAAGAUUUGAUUGAAUAUGGGAGGUAAGAGUUCAAAACGAUCAACAGGGUACCCGUAUCUGCCGCCACAAUCACCGUAUCAACGGCAGCGUCACCGAGCUCCGUCAACACCACCUGCUGCUAGCCCACAACCACAGAGGAGAUUGGAGAGAAGAUACUCCAGAAUUGCUGACAAUUACCACACGUUGGAUCAGGUUACUUCUGCUCUUGCCGAAGCUGGACUAGAGUCUUCUAAUCUCAUUGUUGGCAUUGAUUUUACAAAGAGCAAUGAAUGGACAGGUAGAAGGUCAUUCAAUCGCCGAAGCCUGCAUCAUCUUGGAAACAGUCAAAAUCCUUACGAGCAAGCAAUCUCAAUCAUUGGAAAGACUUUAUCUGCUUUCGACGAGGAUAACUUGAUUCCUUGUUUCGGAUUUGGCGAUGCAACAACACAUGAUCAAGAUGUCUUCAGUUUUUAUCCGGAUGGGGGAGUCUGUAAUGGAUUUGAGGAAGUGCUGACACGGUACAGAGAAAUCGUUCCACAGCUAACGCUUGCUGGACCUACAUCUUUUGCACCAGCAAUUGAAAGAGCCAUCACUAUUGUUGAACAAAGUGGUGGCCAGUACCAUGUUUUGCUGAUAAUUGCUGAUGGACAGGUCACAAGAAGUGUUGAUAUGAAUGCCGGAAAUCUUAGCCCACAAGAGCAAAGUACAAUUGAUGCAAUAGUGAAAGCAAGUCAAUACCCUUUGUCGAUAGUUUUGGUUGGAGUCGGGGAUGGACCUUGGGCCAUGAUGAGGGAGUUUGAUGAUAACAUCCCUUGCAGGGCAUUUGAUAAUUUUCAGUUUGUAAAUUUCACGGAGGUUAUGUCGAAGAAUGUGAAUCCAACCGGAAAAGAGACAGCGUUCGCUCUUUCAGCAUUGAUGGAAAUACCUUCUCAAUACAAAGCAACUCUUGAGCUUGGUCUGUUGGGCCGUCGGAGAGGAACUGCACCAGACAGAACUCCUCUGCCUCCACCUAUCUAUGGUGCACCUACCUUCAGCAGCGGCAGCAGCUCAAAACCUUCCCGUCUGAGAAGUUUUCAGCAGCAACCGAUUGUCUCAGCUCCAUCUUCAAGUUAUUUUCAAGAUAAUCAGCAACAGGAUUGCCCCGUCUGUCUUACUAAUGCUAAGGACAUGGCUUUCGGCUGCGGCCAUCAGACCUGCUGUGGCUGUGGAGGUGGUCUUGAGUCGUGCCCGAUCUGUCGAACUCUGAUCAAGACUAGAAUCAGGCUCUUUUGAUGCCCUGUAGAUGAGAAGUAGUAGGUCAAUGGUUGUACAUAGAUUUGAGCCCCCUCAUUGAUUUCUUUCCUUCGUUCCUUAAUUUCAUGUAUUUAAUACUUGGUUAUGAGAAUUUAGGCUACUGAGAGAUGGUAACUUUUACUCUUUUAGAGUAGUAGUUCUAUGUUAUAUUUUU